AUGAAGUCCUUCCGCGCCGCCAAUGCGCUCCUGCGCACCAACAGCGCUGCUUACAAUGCCAUUUCUCGUGCCACCCCUCUCGUAGCCGCCACAAGCUCCCCGGCCUGUCAAUGCCUCCUAACCACUCCCCGUGCGACUCUCCCCCAGACUGUCCGCCCCUUCUCAACAACCCCCGUCCGCCCCGGCAAGAAAGACAAGAAAUCCAAGCGCGGCGGUUCAGAAGAAGUCGAAGAAGCUCCCGCCCGGGGCGGUGGCGGCAAGAAGGACAAGAAGUCCGGCAAGGGCUCAUCCCCAGCAGCCGCCGAAGAAGACCAUUCGAACGAACCCAAAGACCCCAACCGGCCCGUCCCCUCCGCCGAGACCCCCUACGACCUGUCAGACCUAACCUACGCCUUCGACCGCGCCGACAAGCACUACCUCGACGCUCUCAAGACCUUCCGCACCGGCUCGCGUUUCUCCGCGGACUCCAUCGGCGCCCUGCCCAUCUUCCCCGACAAGAAAGACACGUCCCUGACCUACCCCCUGCGGGACCUAGCAACCGUGGCCCAAGUCUCCGGCUCGGGCCGCAAGUGGUCGAUCUUGUGCUUCGACGAAUCUUCCGUGAAACCCAUCAUGUCCGCCGUGCAAAAGUCUCCCGAUUUCAACCAGCAACCGCAGCGCAGCGAAGAGAAUCCGCUGGAACUGACGAUUACAGUGGAGCCCGAGCGGGCGGAGGAUUUGCAGAAGCGGGUUAAAGAAUUGUGUCAGCAGUGGAGAGAUAAGCUAAGGGCGGAGAGCCAUAAGCGCGAGGCGCUGCAUAAGAAGUGGAAAGGACAGGGGAGUAUAUUGGAGGAUGAUGUCAAGAGCUUGAAGACCAAGGUGCAGAAGCUGCAGGAUGAGAGGAUGAAGGGCGUGGCGGUUAGGGAGAAGGAGGUUUGUCAGGCUGUUAUGGCUAGGAAGUAA